AUGCCCUUUCCUGCAGCAAACACAGGACGCUUUGCACAUCACAGAGUGUUUUUUUGCUUUAAUUGCAGAGAUCUGAGUACUGCCAGUCUCCACUACCUCAGCAGCAGGCAAGCCGUGGCUGACAUUGCCAACUUCAGAACUAAAGUAGCAAAGAAAAUGGGGCUCACCAGAAAUAAAUGGGUUUUAUUUGGUUGCUCUUAUGGAGGCUCACUUGCAGUGUGGUCGAGAAUAAAACACCCUGACCUGUUUGCUGCAGCAGUGGGCAGCAGUGCACCGAUGCUAGCAAAAGUUAAUUUCUAUGAGUACCUUGAAGGAAUUCAAAGGUCUCUGUGCACUUACAACAGCGAAUGUUUAGAAGCAGUGAAAGAGGCUUAUAAUCAAGUUGUGGAGAUGCUGAAACUUCCAAAAUACUACAGUAAGCUUGAAAGUGAUUUUAUGUUAUGCAAAAAUUUUAAAUUUAACUCAGUAAUGGACACAACUUUUCUUCUGGAACGUUUGAUCUUGCCUGUUGCAGCCAAUGUUCAAAACAAUAGGAAUAAAAGAAACAAUAAGGUAGGCAUUGUUAUCUCCGCAUUUAGAGAUAUGGACCCUGAUCCUCAGAGAGGUGAAGUAACAGGCUUGCACUUAUAUUCUGAUAAUAGAUUAAAGUUAGACUUGGAGGAUUUUUACAUGCUAUAUGGCGAGGGAAAUCAGGUCUUAAUCAGGAUUGACGACCUUUGUGACACCAUGACUAACACAUCACUGGGCUCACCAUAUUACAGAUUUCUAAAAAUUACACAUUCCGUGAUAAAGGAAGCAUUUUUGCCUUGCCUUGCUGCAAAUUAUGAUGAUAAACUGAAAACCUUAUCUGACUCUUCCAUAAAUAAACACAAUCCUACACAAGGCAGGCAAUGGUUCUAUCAGUCUUGCACUGAAUUUGGUUUCUUUAAGACCACGGAUUCAAAGAACCAGCCCUUCACUGGAGUGCCUCUCAGUUAUUUUGUUAAGCUAUGUUCUGAUGUCUUUGGCCCAGAGUUUAACUACGAUUCACUGAAGACAAGUGUUAUGUCUACCAAUGCGUACUAUGGCGGCUUCAAUGUGAGGGGAAGCAAAAUCAUCUUUCUCAACAGUUCCUUUGAUCCUUGGCACACUCUGGGAAUCACAAAGGAUAUCAGUAAAGAUUUGCCUGCUGUUUUCAUUAAAGGUGAAGGACAUUGUUCAGAAAUGUUCAAACAAAAAGAUACUGAUUCAGCUGAACUAAUUCAAGCACGAGAAAAAAUCUUCCACAUCCUACAAAAAUGGCUAAAGCGAUAG